CGUGUAUGUCUUAUCUUUGAAUUGAUGUUUAUAUGGUUGUUUGGAAAUGUCGGUGUUGUCAGCGAUCAUCAUAACUUUAAUAUACCAUGCUUACUCUCUCGAAUCAGGCAAAUUAGCAUGGUUGGAGACCCCAUAUGGUGAUGGUAAACAUGCGAUAGAAGUUACAGAUGGUAGUUUCUUCAUCAGUGCACUAGCUUCACGGUCUGAUGGUCUACUGUCAUGUAGCUUGACAGAGGAUAAAGAGAAAGCCAUAGCGUUACUGACGAAAACCAAUCCAAUGAUAAUAGAAAUAGGAGAAAAGGGUAAAAUGGACAUGUGGAAAAGGUGUAUUUCAAAAGAAAUGUCCGGCACACACUUCGAGAAGAGAAAUGGAAUAGACGGGACAGGAGUUCCAUUUACCCCCGAGAAAACAGGAGACCCAGCUGGACAUAAGCUUGACCUAGCUAUCUUCCCAGGCACUAAGUGGUGUGGACUGGACAAUGUAGCUUCUAGUUAUAAUGAUCUGGGAAAAUAUAAGAAUACAGAUAUGUGUUGUCGUGACCACGAUCAUUGUCCGUAUUUCUUGGAUCAUUUUGCGGAAAAAUAUCAUCUUCGGAAUCCAUACCCUUGGACUAUUAGUCACUGUGAUUGUGACACUGGACUGUUCAACUGUCUAAAGAAACUUAACACUACAACAUCAAACGAAGUUGGAGAAAUGUUCUUUGGUCUUCUGAAUGUGAAAUGUAUCAAGUUUGAACAGGGUCAAUACUGCGCUAAAGAGCAUUGGUCAAAACUUUGGUGUGAACAGACGACAAGUGGAGAAAAGGCGGUCCUACAUUCGUUCCCAUAUAAAUGGGCAGACGAUGUUGUUGGAUAAAAAUAAAUGAUG